UACAAAUGAUCAUGUUUGUAUCACAUGAUCACUCAGUUUUGCACAAUUCAUUAUCUAAAAGUGAUGUUUCCGUACCUCUAAAUGAUCCUUCUGUAUGUCUCUUGCAGUGUCUCAGAUAUUGUAUGAAUUGCCACCUCAUCUGAACGUGGAUAUUUAAAAAUAUGCGGCUUUUCUACAGUGUUUGACAAUGUAUUGCCAAAACAGCUUCACAUACGGGCAAGUUACAUGAAGACUUAGUGUUUAACCUCAGAAAAAAAAAAAACAAAAUUAAUGGAAACGCCCAGAAAGAAAUAAGCCGUAGGAUCUAAAGCUCCCCAGAGGUCUCCAGGAUUUUUGUCCAUCUGGGUCUGACAGUAACCGCCUGGGUGCGCACGGGCAUGUCACGGGCGAGUAAGGGGCACAGCCUUUUGAGGCACCUUUGCAUCCCACCCGCACGCCCUCGUUCUCUCGGCGGGGGCAGUGGGUGCCGGUGCUCGCGGGGAGCGCCGGGCAAGGCCGGCCCGGGGAGGCACCGCCGCCUCCCCUCGCCGCGAGAGGGGCCGGCACGGCCUCGGCAACGGCAACGGCAACGGCAACGGCAACGGCAACGGCAACGGCAACGGCAACGGCGCGUUCCUCCGGCAGCGGCAACGGCAACGGCAGCGGCGCGUUCCUCCGGCAACGGGUCCCGGCGGCGAGGGGCGGCGGGCGCAGCAUUAAAUCAAAAUGUCAUCAUCAUCAUCACAACCAUCCUCAUCUUUACCUGUACGUGACUCUACUGCUCCUUCACUGGACUUUGAUCUUCAGGAAAAGUUUGUUCUUCUUCACACUAUUGAGGGAAAAACAUGUGUGCCACCUGGAGAAACAGGAAAACUGUGUUCACUGCUUCAGUCACAUAUAAAGGAUUGUCACAGAACUACAAAAGCCAUCCAAGAUGAAAAAUAUUUUACUGAUAUGAGCAAAGAGUCUGACAGUCUAGAACACCAAUUAAACAGUAAAAACAUUAACACUUGGAUGCAGAAGCUAAGUGAAAAUGAAAUUCAGAAUGCUAAUCUCAGGAAAAAAAUACUUGAAAAGGAGAAACAGAUUGAAGAACUUUCAUCCAUGCUUCAGUGUGAAAAAAUCAACGUACAGAAAGGAAACCAACUGUCAAGAUCAGUAAAGGAAGUACAAGCUCACCUGCAGUGUCAGAUUGAAAGAAAAGAAGCAGAAAAUGAUGAAUUAAAAGUGAAAAUACAGACUCUAGAAAAUAAAAUAGCAGAGUGGAAAUGUCAAAUUGGUGAAUACAAGUGCCAGAAGUUAGCCUUAAAGGAAACAAAUGAGCAAAAGAAGAUUGCUCUGGAAAAAGCAACAAGUUCCCAGAAACAAAGAGUUCAACGCUUUGAAGAAGCUGUGAAAAAUGUAACCUCUAAAAUAAGAGAACAUGAAGUCAAACUGUGUGAGAUAUUGUCAGCCUCUGAUGUCUGGAAAAAGCAGCAUGAUAGAAUAGUUGAAGAAAAGACAAUGUUAGAAGUUCAAAUAGAAGAUCUUCAGAAUCAGAUCACAGGCCUUGUGGAAGGCAUGAAAAGAAGGGAGGAAUGGAGAAGAAACUCGGAGGAGGAAAUUCUUGGAAGGCUAAAUUCAGUUAACUCUGAAAAUGAAAAGAUUUACCUUGAAAACAAAAAAUUAAAGGCUUCCCUUGCUACAUUAGAGAACAGUACAGUUUCUGUUGAAUAUGAGUUGCUACAUCUGCAAGAAAAAGCAAAGCUGCAGGAAAACCUUGUACAACAGCGUAAAAAUGAGGUACAAAAAAGACAAAUUGCAGUAGAAGAAUUGAAAUCCAGAUAUGAAGUGGUCUUAAAUGAAAACAAAAAAAUAACAGAAAACAAACGCUUAGAAGAAAAUAAGGUGAGGGACAAAACGGAGGCUGAGUUAAAGGAGUUACAACAUGUUUGUGACUUGCUGAAGGCAGCUGAGGAAAACCAGCAAAGGCUUAUGUCCUGGGAAAGGAUCCUUGCACAGAAAUGCAAAACCCUUAGGGAGCUGGAGGUUCAGCCUGAAUAUGAAUAUCCCUUGGGUCUUUUUUCCUGUGACAUCAAUUUCAGUGGCAGGGAUAGUGUAACUUCUAUGGGCUAUCUCUUAUUAGAAGAAGAGAUCUGUAACAUUCAGAAGAAAUAUGAAGAUCUUCAAAGGCAAUUAGGAGAGAUGGAAUUUCAGAAUGAAGGACUUGCUUGUCAGCUCAGAAAAGAAGAUGAGACUCUUCUGUGCAGUAAAUUGCAGCUUGAAGAUAAAAUUGCAGAAUAUAAUGCAUUAACCAGACAACUUGAAUCUGCUUUGGAAGAAGGGAGGAAAAUGGUUGCUGAAGAACAGGAAAAAAUAUCAUACAAAGAACAAGCCUUUCAGAGAAAACUGCUACUUCUUGAAGCUGAAGUGAGAAAGAAGCAAGAAGAAAAAAAACAACUCCUCUGCUUAUUUCACCACAAUGAAAAGCACCAUGAAGUACAUUUGAAAGAGCUGGAGAAUAGCCUACAGAAGUCAGAGAACAAGAACCAGAGCAUCCAGAAUUAUGUGCAGUUUUUGAAAGCUGCAUAUGUAACAAUGUUUGGCUGAACUCUUUAAUCUAUUUUAUAGUGAAGAAACUUAUCAAGAUUGGCCUCCCAGUCUUGUUGGAGAUGAAGCUGUUGAGACUUAACACUAUUUUGCCAUUUUUGAUGUUCUAUUUUGAGUUCUAGAAUGUUAAUUCUUCCCUAGGAAAACAUCUGUUGUGGGCAGGAGAAAGCAGGUCAGUCAUUACUAUAUAUCCUACUGGUCGGUCACAUGUGGGAAAUUGGACUGAUACUAUUGCUUUAAACAAUUAUGUUAUCCAUGGCACAGCAGUGCAAAGCUGAGUGCAUGACAGCAGUGGCAAGUGUGUAUGUGUGGGGUAUGCACACAAAAUUGGUAUGUGAAUGUCCUGGGCUCUAAAAUCUUACAUGAGUCCUUUUAGUCCAUGGUAAAUGAGAUGAUCACAGAUUAUCCUUCAAUUCAACGAUAUCCAACCUAUUAAGACAGGCAAAAAUUUAGAUCAUUAGGUUCCUUCCCUUUUUUCCCUGCUGUUUAGCACUAGUAUAGUACACAGUGCUGCAAUACAUGGGAGAGUCACCACCAAAAGGGUGUCCCAUCCAGCCACUUUCCUCUACAUCUCGUUAUGCUCAGGAAUAUACUGUAGUAAUAUUUUAUAAAUAAGUAGAAAAAUAUUUUAGAUACAGGUAUACUUUAAGCUCUGAAUGUGCUGAUAUAUUCUGGUGACACGGUUCCAGUAAGAUAUUUAAGUAUUUGAGUUCAAGAGCUGCUGUUCAGUAAGAUUGACUUAUGCCUCAGGUAAAACACAUAAAAAUAUUCAGCUGAUGCAGGGCUGUUACAGUGGGGAUACUGCAACGCGCGUAUCAGACAACAAGG